AUGGAUCAUGCUUACGCUGCUGUUAAGUUGCAGAACAUGUACCGGAGUUUUCGCCACCGGCGCAUGCUAGCUGACACCAUUAUAAUGGAGCUCUGGGGGCACGCGAUAGACUUUGCGAGACUGAAUAUCAGUACGACUUUCUUCUUCCAAUGCAUGAACGAGAGAAGUUCCAAUACUCGGUGGACUCGAAUUGGCUAUAAUGCUUCUAUGGUGGGCAGAGGUGUGUCUGAAAAUGACGAAGCGCAAAUAUUGGCUUUUCAGCAUUGGAUUGAAGCUAUUGAUCCGCGGCAUCGUUAUGGACAUUGCUUACGUUUGUACUACAUCCAGUGGUGCAGGUCGAAUGCUGGUAAUCAGCCCUUUUUUUAUUGGUUGGAUGUAGGAGAUGGAAAAGUGAUCGAUCUCCCAGAAUGCUCAAGAUCAAUGCUUCAACAACAGUGCGUGAAGUAUCUUGGACCUCUAGAGAGGAACCAAUAUGAAUACAUCGUUUCUGGGGGGAAAUUUGUUCAUAAACAAAGUGGAGGCGAUCUUCAUACACAGCUUGAAGGAUCACGAGGCCUGGACAAGUGGAUAUUCGUUGUGAGCACCUCGGGGAGACUCUACGUCGGUAAGAAAGAAAAAGGCAGGUUCCAUCAUUCUAGCUUCUUGGCUGGAGGGGCUACAGUAGCUGCUGGAAGCCUAGUAGUAGAGCACGGAAUUCUUAAGUCCAUAUCUGGAGAUAGUGGACAUUAUCGGCCAACGGCCGACAGCAUUUCCCGGUUUCUAUCCUUUCUUAAACAACAUGGAGCGAAUCUUAAUGAAAUGAAGGACGUACCUCGAUCGUCUCUCCCAUGA